AUGGGAAAGAACUGGAGCAGAUGCUUCAUCCACUGCUCAUCACUGCAUUUUAUUUCAGGUAAUGCCAGUGAAGUGCUGAAAGAAUGGACUGUAACAGGCAAAAAAAAGAACAAGAAGAAGAAAACCAAACCAAAACCACAAGCUGAAUCAAACCCUGGCCUUCCAGACCCCAGUAAAUUGGUGUCCACUGAAGAGGAGCAGUCGGCAAACUCGGAGAAGGGUGGAAUUAACGGUUUCCAUGUCAACGGUUGUGCCCACGACACGGAGUCUGUGGACUCACUCAGCGAAGGUUUGGAUGCACUUUCAAUUGAUGCCAGAGAGCUGGAGGAUUGUGAGUCUGCUGCACCAGACAUGCCUGAUAGAACAGUGCCUGAACUAGCGAAUGGCUUUGACACAAAAUCGCUCAUCAUGCAUCCUUCCCAGAGCCCUUCGUCUCUCCGACAGCGGCCUGAGCAGAGGAGCACUAGCAGGUCUCUGUCCAGAUCAACAACCAGCAAUUCCACUCCUGCCUCCCUGUCUGUAACACGCCUGGAUGAUGUUCCAGUUUCACCUGCAAACAAGAAGCUGGGUUCUAAUAUUGAAAAAUCAGUGAAGGAUCUCCAGCGCUGCACCGUCUCACUGGCUCGGUACCGGGUGGUGGUGAAGGAGGAAAUGGAUGCUUCCAUUAAGAAGAUGAAACAGGUCUUUGCUGAACUCCAGAGUAGCCUUAUGGAUCGGGAGGUGGCGUUGCUGGCUGAGAUGGACAAAGUGAAAGCAGAAGCAAUGGAAAUUCUGGUCAGUCGCCAGAAGAAGGCAGAAGCCUUGAAGAAGAUGACGGAUGUGGCAGUGCGAAUGUCAGAGGAGCAGCUGGUGGAGCUCAGAGCUGACAUUAAGCACUUUGUGAGCGAGCGGAAGUACGACGAGGACCUGGGCAGGGUGGCCAGGUUCACGUGUGACCUCGAGGCACUGAAGAAGAGCAUCGCCUCGUUUGGCCAAG